AUGCUUCUUCUUCUUUUUCUUCUGCUACUGCUAUUGCUGCUGCUGCUGCUUCAGCUGCUUCUUCCACAAAGUGAUUACAAGGGCGAAAAGAAGAAGCGUGAAAACAUUAUUGAACUGGACCGCUUCACCGACAAGCGCAUCCGCGUCAAGUUUGCGGGUGGUCGCGAAGUCACCGGCAUUCUAAAAGGACAUGAUCAGUUGCUCAACAUGGUGUUGGAUGAUGCACAGGAGUACUUGCGUGACGCCACAGACCCGACGCGACUCACGGACGAGACCCGAACACUGGGCCUGAUUGUGUGCCGCUCAUCAUCCAUCGUUGUCAUCUCACCCGAGGAUGGCAUGGAGGAGAUUGCCAACCCCUUCUUGGCCAUGGAGGCGUAAAGGCCAAGUGCUUCGAACUGGCACUGCGGGCGGGGAACAGUGCAUAUCCCCAGACCCCAAAUACAGCAAUCACGCAGGCAGAUGAGCGUAUGUCUCUAUCUUGCUCUAUGUUUGCAAGUGUCUGUGCACGUAUGUGAGUGUAGCCGUGUGUAUCUUGUCGGAAGCGAAAGCGCCAAUUGACGCCAACACCCUU